CAGAAGGAAGACUUUGGGAGUCCAGAGAUUCUCACAUUCACACGACGAGCUAUAUAUUGGGAAGAGCACUACGGCUUACCAGUCCCAUAUUUCUACCGAGUUCCAAAGUCCCCACCAGCAAAACAAUGGCUUCCAUGUCCUUCUCUGCAACUUUUUCAACACCUCCACAGAGUUUUUCAAAGGCAAAAGCAAAAAUAAGCUCGAAUUCUUCAGCUUCAUGCCCUCCCAUGGCGUGCUGGAUCAAAUCCUCAUUUGGGUCUUCUAAAUCAGCACUUUUCCGAAAUGGGUUGUCUUUGCAAUCGGAGAAUUUUAAUGGGGUUUUGAUCAAAUCUCGGUCUUUCGGUGUUUAUGCUAGAGCAGCUACAGAAAGGUCUCUCUAUGAUUUCACUGUCAAGGAUAUUGAUGGUAAGGAUGUUCCUCUUAGCAAGUUCAAGGGGAAGGUUCUUUUGGUUGUCAAUGUUGCUUCAAGAUGUGGCUUGACUUCUUCAAAUUACUCAGAACUGUCACACUUGUAUGAGAAGUACAAACCUCAAGGAUUUGAGAUUCUAGCUUUCCCUUGCAAUCAGUUUGGGGGCCAAGAACCCGGAUCAAAUGGGGAAAUCAAGCAGUUUGCUUGUACAAGGUUUAAAGCCGAAUUCCUGAUUUUUGACAAGGUUGAUGUCAACGGUCCCAGCACAGCUCCAGUUUACCAGUUUCUGAAAUCAAGUGCAGGAGGUUUUCUAGGUGACAUUAUCAAGUGGAAUUUUGAGAAGUUUUUGGUGGACAAUAAUGGAAAAGUUGUUGAGAGAUACCCACCAACAACAUCCCCUUUUCAAAUUGAGAAGGAUAUCCAGAAACUGGUCGCAGCUUGAGCGAAAGAGCUGGACAACAUGCACGGCGGCAACCAGUAAAGAGAAGAUGGAGUGUAUACGGAAAUCCCUGUAUACUGCUUUGUAGUUAAUAUCGUCGCGUCAGUAGUUUUAUCUUUGAACACUGCUUGGCGCCUUCUUGGAAUGAGUCAUGCCUCCUUCAUGCGGCACAUGUAUGGAAAUAACUCAUUAGAAACACAUAGAAAAAUUUAUCCAUAUGUACGUGUCAAACUCUGAUUAGCAUAUUAAUAGGAAUGGUGACUUCCAAGGGAACGAGCCAAGUAUUUUAUUUUAUUUUUUCCUUUUGUACUCAAGGAACUCCUAGAAGAGUGUUGUUUUGGAAUAGUUGUGUGUCUCUAUUCAUCUCUCAAGGAGGAAUUCAUAAGAUAUUACAAAUCCUA